GUUCUUGUAUAAAGUUGUUGGUAUAACAAAAAGUUGAGUUAUGAGUUAUGGCUACAACCAAUUGCACACGCAAGGAUAGAUAUGAUGAAUUACGGGCGUAACAAGAGUUGUUAGAAACAAUUAGAAAAAAAUUAUAGAAUAUUAUUACCUAGCCCGCCCCGCCAUAUGUUUUAAGUAACUGAUAAUUAUUUUUUUAACAGUUUGAAAAUACAUACAUCAUGAACAUUAUCGGAGUGACUAUAUUGCUUGGUUUGACUUUGUUUCACUCAGCAAACACGCUGCGUUGUCUUCCCUGUUAUCAACUUGUGCUCGAUCCUGAGGGAAAUGAAGUUAAAGUUAAAAGAGAAUGUCCAAAACUAAACUGCCCCGGAACCGAAGCACCAGACGUUUGUCACUGUUGUAAUAGAUGUGCUAAACAAAAAGAUGAAACAUGCGGUGGUGACUUCAAUAUGAAUGGAGAUUGUGAAAAAGAUUUGAGAUGUGUAACACCACAAACCAGGUACAAUCCCGACGGCAGUUUUUUCCUAGCACCUCCAAACAACCGAGGAGGAAAAUGCAUAGAUUCAGCUGCUCCUCUUGAUUGCACGGACGUUUGUUCAAAGACGACUAAUGCCAAUAACGACCCAAUUGGAAUGGCAACACGAGGUAGAACGGAAUUUUUUGACUACAAAAAGCCGAGUGAAUCCUAUUCACAGGGAACGUGGUUUUAUUGUGAUUGCAGCGAUGAAGAAAGUGGAGAUGGAUGGAUGGUUAUCCAGCGCCAUCAUCUAGACAUGCAAGCAUUCGACAGAGAUUUGAGAAGUUACAUCAAUGGAUUUGGGAUGCCAACUGCGGACUAUUGGAUGGGUUUGAAAGCAAUUCGCCAUUUCACCAGGACUGUUCCACAUGAACUGAGAAUCACUAUAAAAUUAGUGGAUGGACGACAAUUCACGACUUAUUUUGACCAAUUCACCAUUGGUGACGAAAAGGAAAACUUCAAACUGAGGGUAACUCCAACUACUAAUCAAACAAGUGUUGAUUUUGCUGCCAUGCACAAUGGCAUGGAGUUCACAGCGCGUGAUAGUGACAACGACCGCUGGAGGGAUGGAAAUUGUGCAAAAUCGUACGGCGGUGGUUGGUGGUUCAAUCGCUGCACUGAUUUCAAUUUGAAUGGAAAACUCUAUGGAGUACCAAUGUUCAUAAAGGACGUCGGUGACGAGGAUGGUCCAGACCGUAUCACAUGGGAUGCUUGCAAAGGAAGGAAAAUCAUCCAGACCGAAAUGGCGAUAAGGCCUUCGCUACAAUAUCCACCAAUCUUAUACAACUAACUUUUAUACAAUAGUCAAAAUCCAUACUUGGAUAUCUAUAUUUUUCCAAAAUUAGGUUUAAAACAAGAAUAAGUUAAAUGGUAUAUUUAAAUGUAUGCUUUUGUUAUAAAAGUGUAUUUUUUUACCCAUUGUCAUUCCCUGGACGCCCAUCAUUUUAAUCCCAAUAAACUACUACUACCAAUCAUUUACAAAUAAUUAAAACGAUAAUUAAAAUCCAUACUUCGAUAUCUACAUUUCACAAAAUUCAAGUUUCAAAUUUGAGUAUAAGGUAAAUGUUGUUAAAUGGUAUAUUUAAAACAUGUAUGCUUUUGUUGUUAUUGUGUAUUUUCUUAUUAUCGCCAUUUCCUGACCGCCGAUCAUCAUUAAUUUACCCCCGAUAAAUUACCUUGCCUACUUUCAAAUUGAGACAUUUCGUGUCUAAUUUUAGCCUAAAAAUUUGAACACUCUAGGGAUAUAUAUUCUAAAAUGAUUUUCGUCCGUUGUCCUUGAAUUGUAGCAAUACGCAACACUUGAAUCAAAUGUGGUACAGAUGAUCUUUGUUUAUAAGUGGCUUUAGUAUAGCUUUUAUAGAAUAGAUUUUAUAGUUUAAACUUUCAAUCGAAUCGCCCGGAGGCAAUUUUUCUCUGUAUAUCGUGUAUAUCAAUAAACUUGAAAGUAAUAUUAUUCUA